GCCGGGGCGGGGCCCGGGCCGGGGCCGAGCGCGCGCGGAGCGGCGCAGCGCGAGCGGCGGGGCGAGCGGGGCCUGCGGAGGCCGAGCCCGGAGGGAGGGACCGUACGGCUUCGGUGCGAGCAACACCGCGGCGCUCCCGCUGCCGCCGGCGGGGGAGCCGGGCAAGAUGCGGCCAGAGGUUAUUGGAGCAGAACCGCUGAGCAAAAGCAGGCAUUGCAUCUUCAGUCAUCUUCAAGUUUGCAGUCAGAUUGGAAGAGUGUAACUUGAAGCUUCCUGCCUACAGUGAGGCCGAGAGAUAGCUGUCGCUCACGUAAUAAAAGACAUGGGCUGCAGCCUGACUUUCCACCUUUCUUACAAAUUCCGGUUACUGUUGCUUCUUACCUUAUGCCUGAUGGUGGUUGGGUGGGCCACCAGCAACUACUUUGUAGCUGCUCUUCAAGAGAUUCCUAAAGCAAAGGAUUUCAUGGCUAAUUUCAACAACCCUCUCGUUUUGGAGAAGAAACAAACUCUGACCAAUGAAGCAUCCAUGACAACCGCAAACCUUGACAACUGCCCUUCCAUGUCUCCAUACCUCAGAGGCCAGAACAAGCUCUUUUUCAAACCGGAUCUCACCCUGGAAGAAGUGCAGGCAGAAAACCCCAACGUGCGCAGAGGCCGCUAUCACCCCGAGGAAUGUCGGGCUCUGCAGCGGGUGGCCAUCCUCAUUCCACACCGGAACAGGGAGAAGCACCUGAUGUACCUGCUGGAACACCUGCAUCCCUUCUUGCAGCGGCAGCAGCUGGAGUACGGCAUCUACGUCAUCCACCAGGCUGGAAGUAAAAAGUUUAAUCGAGCCAAACUCUUGAAUGUGGGCUAUCUAGAAGCUCUCAAGGAUGAAAAUUGGGACUGCUUUAUAUUCCACGACGUGGAUCUGGUGCCGGAGAAUGACCUGAACCUUUACAAGUGUGAGGAUCAGCCCAAGCAUCUGGUGGUUGGCAGGAACAGCACUGGGUACAGGUUACGUUACAGCGGAUAUUUUGGGGGUGUUACUGCCCUAAGCAGAGAACAAUUUUUCAAGGUGAAUGGAUUCUCUAACAACUACUGGGGAUGGGGAGGCGAAGACGAUGACCUCAGACUCAGGGUUGAGCUUCAUAGAAUGAAAAUAAUCCGGCCAAUGCCUGAAGUGGGUAAAUACACGAUGAUCUUCCAUACCAGAGACCAAGGCAAUGAGGUGAACAUAGAGCGGAUGAAGCUCUUACAUCAGGUGUCACGAGUCUGGAGAACAGAUGGGUUGAGCAGUUGUGUUUAUAAAUUACUCUCUGUGGAUUAUAAUCCUCUAUAUAUCAACAUCACAGUGGAUUUCUGGUCUGGCCCAUGACCCUGGAUUGUCUGGUGAUGUUUGGAAGAAUAUUUGAUUGCAAUAAUUUUGGCCUAGAGACUUCACCUAGUAGCACACAUUAAGAACUUGUUGGAGCUAAUUGUUGAGUUGAAUUUUUCCUUUUUGUAUUUUCUUAGCAGAGCUCCUGGUGAUAAGGAAUGUAAAACAAUGGUAGCAAGACAGCAUUCUUAGUUGUUUUGAUCAUGAGCGUUAAAUGUUAUGGAUACUUGAAGGACUAAGUAUAAAAGGACUAUUCAAAAGAUAUGAUGAAGGCUACUUGAGAACUCUGAUUGAGGGAGGUUUAUUUAAGUUUGAAGUGAUACAUUAUGGGAUAAAAAAGGCCACGGAGAGUAAGAUUGGUGACUGUCCCAGAGAACCAGAAUUGUUCUCAUCCAAACGAGAAAGGUACGAAGAUAUAUUUCUAUUACUCGUUUAUCCUGCGUGGUCAUCUGUACAGAGGUGGGUCCCAGAUGAGGAGACGGCCACAGAAGUGGGGAGAAAGGUGAAGAAUCAAGGUGCAGUGAACUUGGGGAUGAAGGGGUGGCGGGACGACAGUGUCAGAUGGAGAGGCAGCCGCCGUCGUGCUGGCUGCUGCUGCUGCUGCUACUCUGCAGUGGGUGUCACGUGCCCGGUACGCCUUCCAGGAGUAGCCCAGCAGACGACACAUUAUCUACUAGUUUUUUAAGCAAUUUUGUAAAAUGAUUUUGUACGUGUAGGAUACGAAUUAACAGUUUACAAAUUACAUAUUAUGUAAUAAUACACUGAAAUUACCUCCGUAGUAAAAUACGAAAAUGC